AUGAUCUCCCCUCCUCCUCCUCCUCCUCCUCCUCCUCAGACUCUGAACUCGGUGACCCCCCACCUGGACGUGGAGGAGUGCUCCAUCUCUCUGAUGCCGAGGAACCGAGAGAAGAACCGCAGUAUGGACGUCCUGCCGCCGGACCGAUCUCUGGCCUUCCUGGUGACCGCGGAGGGCGAGGGCAGCAACUACAUCAACGCAGCGCUGGCCGACAGCUUCCUGCGACCGGCCGCCUUCGUGGUGACGCCGCACCCCCUCCCCGGCACCACCACCGACUUCUGGAGGCUGCUGUACGACUACGGCUGCACCUCGGUGGUGAUGCUCAACCAGCUCAACCAGUCCAACUCCGCCUGGCCCUGUCUGCAGUAUUGGCCUGAGCCCGGGUUGCAGCAGUUUGGUCCGAUGACCGUGGAGCUGCUGACCAGAACGGCCGACGACGACGUGAUCAUCCGACUUUUCCGGGUCCAAAACAUCACCAGGGUACGUGAAGAACACAUAAUGAAGAUUAAAUACAGAUUCAAUUAG